CAACGUGCUGUAUAUAGUACGGAUAAAUUAUACUAUUGCAUUGAUCCUAGUGAAUCUUAGACCUUACCAGGUGAUACCAAAACAACAAUUCUGUGGAAAAACCGGGUUGAAAUAUAAAUGAAAGUGAUUUUUCUUCGAAUUUUCGGUUACAUGCUAAGGAAUCGCUGGAAGCUGACGAUCGAGUCGAUCUGGAAGCCAUUGGGCCCCCCUGUGUACGGUUAUGGACAUCUUGUGGCUGUGUGUGUGAUGAUGAUACAGAAGACGAACCUGGCUCUUCAUCAGAAAUUCUGGACCCACCUUGCCACGUAAUCAUAUGAGAGAGUGGACACUUAGAUUCUCCGAUCCUAAGGACUCUUGGACUUUAAUGACUCUUGGACACUAAGGGCUCAUGGACUACGACAACUCUUGGAAAGAAAUGUGUGAAUAUCCAGAACUUUUCGUAAUGCGCAAUAUAUUAAUAAGAUAUUGCGUCAUGGCUAGCAACAAUCAGAUUGGAAGAAAAGGAGAAAUAACCAAGCCAAGACCAUUGUCUCAUUCCAGAUACAGAUUUGAUCGUAUCAUCUUAUUCCAGAUAUUCGUCUUAGGGAUAGGUCUAGAAUCGACGAUGGAUCGAUCGAUGAAUCAAUUGAAACAAAUAUUGCCGCGCAGGAAAAAUUGCAGCGAGCAACCCCGGUGUAUAAAUACCGGCAACGGCCUCACAGACAAUUAAUUCGUGUCAUACCUUUUGUGAGUGCAUAACUAAAUGAUGUCCAGUGACAAUGUUAAAGGCAUUAGCAGGACAUUUGGAUCGCCGAAUAAUAGAAAGGUGAUAAAAUAUUUGGAGGACCAAGAUAUAAAUACAGCCAUCUCGCUUAUUGAAACAGUUAUUUGGGAUCAUCCCAUUUUUGCUCCAUUUGAUUUCAGAUCAGACGAAAGGUCUAUGGAAUCUUUGAGAAACUUCAUAGAAGCAUAUUUGGAGAAGAAGCUUAUGUUUGGCUGCUAUUGCAAGAAGACUAACGAACUGAUUGGAGUCGACGUACUGUACAUACUGAAUGGGGGCGUCAACAAUAACAAUUAUGAUCGAGAGUCCGGUGAAGCUUUCUGUAAAUACAUACAAGAACUGAACUUCGUCAGAAGUAUAUUAUCCCCUGUCGAUGGUUCGGGGAACCACACCGAAUGCCUCACUUCACUUGGUAUGUUCAUAUUACCAGCACAUCGAGGAACUAACAUCCCUGAAUUCAUGUUAAAAGUUCGGACACUCGCAGCGUUAAAUUUGAGAAUAAAAUUCAACGGAGGUGCUUUUAUUGAAAAGAAAAUACAGAACUCGGCGAAGAAAUUAGAUUAUAAAGAAAUAGUAUACUUAAAGUACCGUAAGAAUGCAACUGCAAAUGCAACAAAAUAUUAUCCUGCAAAAUUGAUAAUGAGGCGAGAGUGUGAUGUAAGAGAAGAGUCUCUGAACCCUGAUACACUUUCCGAGCAUCUUAAUGCGCAGUUCUCACAGCUGCCUAAAAAUUUUAAUGCAGUCCAUAUAAACGCACAAAGUAUUCCAAACCAUUUCGAGCAUAUGCCAACUAGUUUUGACUGUAAAAAUAUACAUGCCAUCCUUGUUUCCGAAACAUGGCUUAAGCCAUAUCAUGACAACACCAAAUAUUCACUUCCUGGAUACAAACUGAUAAGGAACGACCGCGUCGUUACCGUGAAGGAUAAAUACGAACGUGGCGGUGGUGUUGCCAUCUACCUUCGUGAGGACAUUACUUUCGCCAUUAUUGAGAAAUCCCAAAAUUCAGAAAUAAAAGUUCUUGAGUGUCUCUUCUUAGGGAUUGAUUUUCAGAACACGAAGAUAUUACUCGCUGUCUAUUACAGUCCAUCGAAAAAAAUUAAUUUCUUCUCGUCUUUCGAGAAAAUGUAUAGAAAACAUUCUGGAAAUUACGAACAUCAUAUAAUAAUGGGCGACUUUAACACAUGUUACCUAAACCCAAAUAAAGGAAGAGCUAAAACUUUUCAUUCAACUACCGAAUCCUGUGGCUUAACUAUUCUAUCAUCGCGACCAACUCAUUACAAGCCGAAUUCACUACCUUCUCUUCUUGAUCUUAUUCUUGUCUCUUUACCACAACAUGUCGCUAUAUCUGGUCGACGUCCAAUAAACUUCUUCAGUCACCAUUGUUUAAUUUACAUAUCAUAUAAAAUUACAAACUAAUAUAACGCGCUGCCAUUGUAAUUGCAUAGUUAACAAGUCUACUUAUCGAUUCCCAAUUUGUAACCACUUUUGUAUUAUUUACAAUGUAUAAUGUACAAUUAGACCUGCAUGAAUCGAGGAUUGUCCUUAAGUGCACUGUCCAUAGUGUAUACCGGGUUAAUUAUCGGCUCAUGUCUUGUAUCGUUUAGAUUGAAACUGUUCAACUCCAACAAGCGAACAAAUAUUAUAAUAAUAAUUAUAUUA